UGUUUUCUUUGUCUCUGUUGAGGAAAAGAAAUAGAAAAAAACACAGCGCCCUAGAUUUGCUCUUCUUUGCUUCGGAAGAAAGAGAAACAAAUCAAAUUCAAAGCAAUAGCAUUAGCAAUGGCCUUCGCUUCUUUCCUCGGCAGAGUCCUCUUCGCUUCCCUCUUCAUACUCUCUGCUUACCAAGAAUUUAAUGAAUAUGGAGUUGAUGGGGGACCUGCAGCGAAAGCACUCAGACCUAAGUUUGAUGCCUUUACACAUCGAGUGCAUUCUCAAGUUGGCUUUCAACUUCCAGAGAUUGAUACGAAAAUUUUAAUUGCUGGGGCUAUUGCUCUGAAGGGCCUUGGAGGGGUUCUUUUCAUAUUUGGCAGCUCUUUUGGAGCUCUCCUUCUGCUCCUGCAUCAGCUGAUUGCUACUCCAAUCCAUUAUGAUUUCUACAACUAUGACAGUGAGGACAAAGAGUUUACUCAACUUUUCAUCAAAUUUACACAGAAUAUGGCUCUUUUUGGGGCUCUGUUGUUUUUCAUUGGGAUGAAAAACUCCAUCCCUAAAAGGCAACCCAAGAAGGCUCCAAAAACAAAAACCUAUUAGUUGAGGCAUUGUAGGAGUGUACCGGUUCUUCAUCAUAUCCUCUCCAAUCUACCAGGAUUUGGGUUCUUUGGUUCAGUGUCAAUCUUCCACCCUUUCAGUUUUGUAGUUUUGGCUUCACUCGGAUUAGAUUAUUGGCUAUGAUUAUUACUUUUAUAUGAUCUGUUAUCAUUACAGCUUUAGGAACUAUCUUUCAAUUGCUAAACUUGUCUGUCAGAAAAGGAAACAGAAGGAUGAAAAGCCUUUGCGCUUAAACUUCAUAGUUCAGAGUUCCAAUUUCAUUGUGUUCUAUUCUAUCUAUCUUGAUGUAAGGUCUUCAAUGUGUGGCACGUCAAGUUAUUUCUUGACUUUGGUCCAUGGAUUUUUGUGCCCCUUUCCCUUUUCUUGUAUUUUAGUUAACUUCCUGUUAUAUGAUGA